AUGGAUUUGGAAACACAAAACUUAUCAAAAGCAGCUUGUACUGAUGACCAGGUGUUGCCAUUUAAAUGUAAAAAUCCAUCUCAAGCUACAUUCGAACAAUUACUAUCUAUCUAUUCAUAUACUCUUCAACGUCCUUGUUCAUCAAUUUCGAUACCUUACGGACAAUUUAUUUCAAUUUUACGUGUUUAUCAUCAAUUAUGCUCAAGUAUAUUUAUCGAUGAUCAAUGGAUUUUAUAUAUAAAUGAUUAUUUUCGGGCUUAUUAUAUGCAACUUGAUUUUCGUGCCACCAAUACUUCUCUUUUUCAAUUCAUACGUACACUUUGUCAAAUUAUUCAAGCCAAUAUACAAGAUGAACUUGAUGUUUUCGAACAAGCAGGCACAUUUAUUAGUCCAAAUGUUCUUUCGUCGAAAACCGUCUCUGCCCAAAUUCAAGUACUUAUUGCGCAAUUUCAAUUAACAAUGCCAAGUAAAUUCCUACGUACUCUCUUAUUUGUACGUGAUAUCACAGAGGGCAACUAA